GCUACACACACACAUAAGAGUUGAGACAAAGGUUUUGAAGAGCAUAACACUUCUCAGGUGUCACAUCUUGGCUUGGACUGAAUCAAAAACAUGAAUUUGACUAGUGAUGGUGAGACCUGUUGGACAUGAUUGGGAUUGAAAAAGUGCCAGAAUUGGCUGGAUCAUUUUUAAAGACUGUGUCUUUGGAGCGGAAAAGUCUGGCUGCCAUGAUUCAAUCAGUGGACGGAGAUCAAGGAGGUACAGCUAAAGAUCUGACCAAAAGCAGAAGGGUUAUCUUGCCAAGUUGGACUGAAGACGAACAGCUAAAGGAAUUACAGCAAUCAUACAGCAAGAAUAAAGUUCGGACAACCAAAUACACCUUCCUGUCGUUCAUCCCUAAGAAUCUUUUCGAGCAACUCCAUCGUUUUGCCAAUGUAUACUUCGUCUUCUUGAGCGCAUUGAACUUUGUGCCUAUAGUGAAUGCAUUCCAGCCGGAGAUCUCGAUCAUUCCUAUUAUUUUUGUGAUGUCUAUUACUGCUAUCAAAGACCUCUGGGAGGACCAGCGUCGGAGGAAGUCUGACCAAAAGGUCAAUAACCGCUUGUGCGACUUGUAUGACAGGAAGCAGCAGAGAUAUGUGGAGCGUCGCUGGGCAGAGGUGUGUGUUGGUGAUUUGGUUCGUCUCUGCUGUAAUGAGAUCAUACCUGCUGAUAUGGUGCUGUUGCACUCAUCUGAUUCGAACGGAGUGUGUCACAUCGAGACGGCCAACCUGGAUGGAGAAACCAACCUUAAACAGAGGCAGGUGGUCCGCGACCUGACACACCAGGGAUCCGAAUUUGUUCCAGAAAACUUCAGCAGCCGCAUUGAGUGUGAAAAUCCCAACAAUGACCUGCGACGUUUCCGAGGCUUCAUGGAGCAUCCGGGUAAAGUUCGUGUUGGGCUUCACAGUGAAAACCUGCUGCUGAGGAGCUGCACUGUGAGAAACACUGAGACUGUUAUCGGCAUUGUGGUCUAUGCAGGUCAUGAAACAAAAGCGAUGCAGAAUAACAGCGGGCCACGCUAUAAAAGAAGUAAACUGGAGCGCAGACUCAACAUGGACGUCCUCUGGAGCGUUGCUUUACUGCUGCUCAUGUGCUUUAUUGCUGCUAUCGGUCACGGUCUUUGGUUGAGCGAGCUGGAGGAUCCCAUCUUCAUGAUUCCUGAUAACACACACCCUGCACUAGCGGCCUUUUACAUGUUCUGGACUAUGAUCAUUGUUCUGCAGGUGCUGAUUCCCAUCUCCCUCUAUGUGUCGAUAGAGAUAGUGAAGCUGGGACAGAUUUAUUUUAUUCAGAAUGAUUUAGAUCUGUAUAACCCAGUAUUGGACACUGGAGUGCAGUGCAGAGCAUUGAACAUAACAGAAGAUCUGGGGCAGAUCCAGUACCUGUUCUCCGACAAGACAGGGACCCUCACUGAGAACCGCAUGCUGUUCCGCCGCUGCACCGUUGCAGGAACAGAGUAUCCACACCAUGAGAACGCGGUAUCUCUGGAACAGUAUGAGGAUCAGGCCUGUGGGGAUAUCGAUCGCUCUCUCACCCUGAGGUCACGCACUAGCAAGAAAUCUCUGAGCUGUAAAUCACUCAGCUGCAAUCGCAGUUCGGUUUCCCUCAAUACCCUCACAGCCGAGUCUGACACACACUCAGUCCACGACACGCUCCGCCGACACGCAACCGGAGCCUUCAGCAGCACCAUGGAGUGUGCUGUUGUUCCAGACCCUCAGCUUCAUGUGAAGCUCAGCACACUGUCAUCUCCCAUGCGUUCUCCUCUCCAGCCGGACGCUUCUGAAAUCUCACUUAUCCUGGACUUCUUUCUUGCUCUGACAGUCUGCAACACCGUAGUCGUUUCUUCACCCUCUCAGCCAAGACAUGUGGUUCAGAUGCCUGUGGUUCGCACCCCGCUGCGCUCUUUAGAGGAGAUGAAGGCCAUGUUUCAGAAGCUGAGUCUGCCCCGCUUUCCCCAUUCACCAAAUCCAAACACAGACACUCCUCCUAGCCUAACCAAAAAACUCUUCACCCGGGGGCGUUCGGCUUCCUACUUCCCAAACAGCAACCCACAAACCCCCGUCACACCCUUAGAGUCACCUGCCAAACUCUCUGGCACCCCAUCAGACACUCCGCCAGCUCUCAUCACUUCUGCUUUGUCGUCCAGUGGGGCAUGGGGUGAGGAUGCAGAGGAUGAAAAACAAGCCAAAGAUAGCGCUGCAGAUGAGUCUGAGAGCGAUGAUGAAGAUGAGGAAGAAGAGUUACUGUAUGAGGCGGAGAGUCCCGAUGAGGCGGCAUUGGUGCAAGCAGCAAAAGCAUAUGGGUGCACUCUGCUGGGCCGGUCCCCAGAGCAAGUCCUUGUGGCCAUUCCUGGCACCGGGCCGCUGUCUAUCUCUCUGCUGCACGUACUGCCAUUUCAUUCUGCCCGCAAGAGGAUGUCUGUGGUGGUGCGCCAUCCCCUCACUGGAGAGGUGGUGGUUUAUACAAAAGGAGCCGAUAAUGUCAUUAUGGAGCUGGCUAAACAAGCUGAAGAUGAUUUCUCCAGGGAGGUUAUGGAACUGACGCAGAGACACCUGGACCAGUAUGCAAGAGAGGGACUGCGCACUCUCUGUGUUGCUAAAAAAGUGUUGGGAGAGCAGGAAUACGAAGCCUGGAUGAAGAGACACGAGUAUGCUGAAACCAGCAUUGAAAACAGAGAAGAGCUUCUGCUUGAAUCUGCAGAGAGACUGGAAACUGAUCUCACGUUAUUGGGGGCGACGGGUAUUGUAGACCGCCUGCAGGAGGAAGUGCCUGAGACCAUUGAGGCUUUGCAGGAAGCUGGGAUCAAAGUAUGGGUUCUUACAGGGGACAAACAAGAGACGGCUAUCAAUAUUGCUUUUGCUUGCAAACUCCUUAGACCCACAGACCACAUACUGAUGGCCAACUGUGACAGCAAGGAAGUGUGUGAGGCUCGACUUCAGGAGUUACAGCUUGAGAUCCAGCAGGUCACAAAGGCAGACGAGCCUGAAGGUGACUGUAGCUCUGACUGUGUGCUGGUCAUCGAUGGCCGUACGCUGGACUACGCUCUGCAGAAGGAGCUGCAGGGAGCGUUUCUGGAUCUCACAUGUUGCUGUCGCUCAGUCAUUUGUUGCAGGUCGACUCCCCUGCAGAAGAGCCAAGUGGUUCGGCUGGUCCGAGACAAGUUGGAGGUUAUGACCCUGGCUAUAGGUGAUGGAGCUAAUGACGUCAGUAUGAUUCAGAUGGCAGAUGUUGGCGUUGGGAUCUCAGGCCAGGAGGGCAUGCAGGCAGUGAUGUCCAGUGACUUUGCCAUCUCUCGAUUCAAGUUCCUGAGAAAGCUGAUUUUGGUUCAUGGUCAUUGGUGCUAUGCCCGUUUGGCUAACAUGAUCCUCUAUUUCUUCUACAAAAAUGUGAUGUAUGUGAACCUGCUGUUCUGGUACCAGUUUUUCUGUGGAUUUUCAGGCAGCACCAUGACCAACUCUUGGGUUCUAAUUUUCUUCAACCUGCUCUUCACCUCCGUCCCUCCACUCGUAUACGGUGUGCUGGAUAAAGAUGUGUCUGCAGAGACGCUACUAAAACUGCCCGAUCUCUACAAGUCUGGACAAAAUUCACAGGCCUAUCUUCCAUCAACCUUUUGGCUGAACAUUCUCGAUGCGUUUUACCAAAGCCUUGUGUGUUUCUUCAUACCUUACUUUGCGUAUGCAGGGUCUGAUAUUGGGGUGUUUUCCUUUGCCUCUCCAAUCAAUAGCUCUGCUCUCCUUAUUAUCCUCCUGCAUCAAGUCAUAGAGAGUCGCACAUUGACUUGGAUACAUGCCUCAUUGCUGCUCUUCAGUGGCCUGUUCUAUUAUGCGUUUGUCCUGUUGUUCAGCAUUACAUGUGUCACAUGCAAUUCUCCUACAAACCCUUACGGCAUUGAGACAAAAAUGAUGUCUGAGCCGCUCUACUAUUUAGUAUGCGUGAUUACCACAGUCCUGGCCCUGCUGCCAAGGAUGAUGUCUCGUGCCUUUUCCAACUCUAUCUGUCCAUCUGACCUUGUAAAAGCACAGAAAAUAGAGAGACUUUCUGCACAAGACUAUUCCUCCAGUUUACAGAAGUGGAAGGAGAACAAAGCCGCUCAAAGUUUGUCCUCAAGACCCGUCCCGCAAAACCUCAGUGUGAACGCUGACAUCCCCAGUUUAAUAGAAUGUGCUGCUGAAGCAGGCGCCGUUCUCUCGUGACCAAUAACGAAGUCACCUUUGAUUAUACAAACAUGGUCAUUCAUUUAAAUAGUGGCCAUAUAUGCUUGCACUUUAAUAAUUGGCAGAUUCUCUGGCCUGUUUGGAUCCAGAGCUGGCUUUCCUCUGCCCAGUAAGAGUGUUUUCAGAAUGAACAUGUGAACUGCUUCACAAACUCAUUCUCGUCCACGGAUUGCAGAACGAUUUAGAUUCUUAGAGUCUGGCUUUUGGAGACAAAAGAUAUGCAGUGAACUGUUUACAAUUCACACGGCUGUGCCUGUGACACUUGUAGAAUUAAACACACACACUCCAGAAUCACACUGAAACUUAUAAGAGUAAAUUGUCGGUGAGGGUGUGUCAAAGAUAUCGUGCUCCAACUUAAACACUUCAUUGUUGGGUGAAAAAGCUUCACGACUGCAUAGGCCUUAAAGAAAUGAGCUUGCACACUUCAACACUAAUAUAUGCAUAAACAAAGUCCAUAAUUACUGUUUUAAUACCUAAUAACGGAGAGCUUGGACACCAUGAGGCCUUUAAUUUGAAGACUUUUCAUUAAUUUUAUACUAAUACAUUAUUUUCAAUGUAUUUAAGGUCCUUGAUUAUGUUUAUGUUCAGUCUGAAAGUGAACAACUGCAAAUGGACACAUUCAGUAUUUGAUGAUAAAAGCUAGAAUGAUAAACUUUUUUUUUUUUAAGUUGUAUUUAUACUGCAGAGAAUGUGAAUGCUCGGAUGUUGAAAAUGUGAUUUGUUAAUUCAGAAUGAUCAUCUAAGAUGCGUUUAAGUCAUUGACUUGGAAACGUUAUUUAUAGUCAUUUUACAUCCCAUGUAAAAUUUUUGUCAAAUAUGCAAUAAAGCAUGAUGAGUAUGA